AUUCCCACUCAUAGCCGAGCAUUGUCAAUAAAUUAAACCUCAUAGAAGCCCUUGUGAUCAUGAGCACUGCACGGUUUCGCACUACCAUGACAUCGUUUCCCUAUCUCGCUCUUCUCUCUUCGUCCAAGAGCCCCGCGAGACACCAUUUUGCCUGGAAGAUUAAAUCUCUCGCGACCGCGUCGACCAAAUUCUCUGUAUCAUCUCUCACUUUGAACCAAUCGUUUCCUAAUCCUUACAAAACUAGCCUUCUUGGUGUAGCUUUUACCAGGCAAGAGACUUCCAAUUGGCGGCCAAAGCAUAGAAGCCUCCACAGGUCGCAGACGAAAUCUAAUCAACAGGUAGACUAUCAUAAUCAUAAUGGAAUGGACUACGUGGUAUCUGAUAACUUCCCGAAAUUUAGUGGAAGAGGUUCUCACGAAAUUACAAAUAGCAGUGAUUAUACACUUGAAAAUGGCAUCAUGUACACAGAUAUUAGAGCAGGCAAAGAUGAAAACCGUAUUGAAAUGGGUCGCAAGUUUGAUAUACACUAUAAACUCUUUGAUGAGGAAAAGAACAAAAUAUAUGGUAAAGAUAAAAAUGACAUCACCAUAGAGGACCUUGGUGCAGGAUUACGUGAAGGUAUUAAAGGCAUGAAGAGUGACGGAAGAAGACUAAUUAUUGUGCCUCCAGAUCUUGCCGAUCAUCAGCAUGAGAAGAAAAGGGAGUAUGCAAUUUACGAUGUGACAAUAACAAACAUUCAUCGUGAUCAUUGGUGGAAACAUGUUGUUUAAUCAGGAGGUGGUGACAGUACGACGAAUUACUAAAAUGAGUGUCUGAAUAACUUGCAUUUACAUUUGCAAGGUCUAUGCAGGUAUUAGGUCUAUCCAUGAUAUUAUGCGUCCUUUUUUUUCCUUCUUCUUUAUUAUGGUGCUUGUAUAAUUAAAUAAUUAUGUUACAUGUUAUCCAAAUAAAAGUCAGUCAGAUUGUCACCCUGUAACUUCUCUUCACCUGCAUUUAAAAUGUUAAUCUCUUCUUCUGCAUCA